AUGACCAUAUCUACUGCUACUUGUUCAUCUCACGGUGGCAGAACAACCCGCAAAUCCUCUCGCGGCCAGGCGGACGACUACAUAUAUCCGGUGCACCUACUAGACGGUGCGGAGUACCAACAUUGCAUCCUCACAUUAUUCAUUAAAUUCAACGAUAUCCUAGAUGCUGGGAAUAUCAGAGACUCUCUCACAAGACUGCUAGAAAUUGGCAAUUGGAAAAAGUUGGGCGGCCGAUUCAGAACGAAGAUAGACGGCCAGAACCAAAGCAAAGCGCUCGAAAUCCAUGUACCUAGACAAUACACUGCCGAACGUCCGGCGAUCCAAUUCGCCUAUGAAGCAUACGACUCAAGCAUUUUCGAGCACCCUUUGGGCCGGCAGCUUCCACAAGCCUCAAACGAUGGAGUGGCAAUUAGCCCACCUCUUGACGAGCUUCGGCCAUUCGGCCAUGCCCCUGGGUUCCCCAUGACUAUGGCAGACCUGGUAGACAAGGACGCUCCACAGCUAUGUUUCAAAGUUAUCGGCUAUACCGAUGCGACAAUUUUGGCCAUCACAUUUUCUCACUGCACAUGGGACGUUUCAGGUCUGCAAGGCUUUCUGAAGUCGUUGGAGCUCGUGCUAGACGGACGAGAGGAUGAAGUACCACCGAUGCUGGGCGCACACACCGACAUACUCCCAGAGCUGAUUGGUCACUAUGACAGCUCCUGUCCAGAUCAUGGAUUGUUGAAUAUAUCAAGGGAGUCAGAAGCUACAGGGCAGCUACAGGCGUCGAACACAGCCCUGGAGCAGCGCAUAAUCCGGGUUCCGUUGGGAAAUAUGGAACGGCUACAUAACCGCGUGGCGAUGGAGAGUCCAACGGAAGACGAAGAGGUUUUGUCCACAUACCAACUGGACGAGCUCUUCUUGGCCUUGAUUGUGCAGCAAAUCGCCAGAGCGCAGCCCGAACCACGCGCGCUGAGGCUGCUCAACGUUUUCAACGCACGGCUGGUUGUGCCACGCCUAGCCAAAGCAAGGGGCAUUUACAGCCAGAAUCUGGUCCUCCUCACCCCUCAAACCUUGUCGAAUGAGGUCGCGACAGGACCAAUGGGGCCAAUUGCGCUGGCGCAGCGAGAAUGUUUCGCGCAAUCUGCAGAGCCUGAAAGUAUAACGAGGUCCCUUCAUAUGGUGUUAGGCGCUAUUGAAGCCGAGCUUGAUAUUACGCGAUUGACUGACUGCAGCGAUGCAGAGUCGGUUCUUGUAAACAACUUGGUCCGCCUCUCCAACUACAUUGACCUCGACCUCAGUUCAGCGGUCGUUCGCCAGGGCGAAAUGUCGGCGACGAGAAGAAACGGACUGGGGACUGCCGACUCGUGCUAUUUGACUCUGCCUCCCAACUCGUACGGCAUGAUGCGGGUUACCACCCUGGGAAGUUACAAUGGCAAUUCGUGCUGGAUGAUUGGGGAACUGCCCGCACGGGCUUGGGAGUUAAUUUACGAAGCUUUGGACGAGCUGGAAUGGUGA